CGUCCUCAGAGGCGAGCUCCAGCUAACGGUAGGAAGGCGCAGUACGGCAGAGCGCUAAUGGUCACCGAGAGCGAGCCGACGUUCGCGAAGUUAGCAGUGUUUUAGAGAGCGGCGUGGUGAGAAAUCGCUCCACGUUGGAAGAUAAACGACUCCUCAGUCUGUACGCGAGGUUCUCCUCGCUAGCUAAUGACCGCUAAGCUAGCUAACCCAGCUAAUUCGCGGGUUAAUCGUCUUGUUUACCGGGGCGCGAUUCUUCAAAACAAGCGUUCGUCUAAGUUCUAGCCAACUAACAGGAGGGGCUGAAGCUUGGGUUCGCUAGCCUAACGUCAGAGUAGCCAGCCAGCCAGAGGUCCAGCGCACUUUCUGGAAAUACAGCGUUACCCUUUAUCUUUAUUCGGGUGUUGUAUUCGUUGUAGGUUAGCGAGGCAGGUCGGUGGCUCGAGCACCGUUAGCUGGUCUCUCUCUGGAGAAAUGUCUAGCUUGUCUGUCCCAGCACAGGAGCAGGGCGAAGGAAAGGGAAAGCUGGAGGCUUCUUCACCGCAAAAGAGCAUCAGUGAGGUCGUGGUGCCUGGACAGCAGCCUCAGACCGUCUUCGUGAUUCUGGAUUCAUCGGCUGAGUCUCUCAAUCUCAUCAGUGUGGAGCCUCUUUUACCCGAGUCUGGAAUUGUGGCUGACAUCGAGGUGGACGGCAUCCUUGCGUCCGAUUCGGACACUUUCUACCAGCUGAAGAGCCAGCCCAUCGCUCUCAGUGGCUCAGUUGCCCCCGUUGACCCUGUGGUGACCCCUGGUGCCUCAGCGAUGACGUCACGGGUGCUGAUGAGGCAGGAGCUGAUGAGGCAGCAGGCUCAAGACCAGGAGAGAAGAGAAGCCCAGCAGCAAGCGUCCAGCUCUCAGCUCCGCCCCACCGACACCUCGCCUGCCAUUUCUGUGUCAUCUGUGCUGCCGUCUGCCCGCCCCACGCCCACACAGGUCCCGGUGGAGGUGCUUAAGGUUCAGACUCACUUGGAGAACCCAACCAAGUACCACAUCCAGCAGGCUCAGAGGCAGCAGGUCAAACAGUACCUCUCCCACACCCUCGGCAACAAGGCCAGUCAAACGCUGGCCAAGUCCCCUUCGCCCCAGUCAGGCUCCGCCCCCGAACUGGCCCCAGCCGCCAGCAGCACUCCCAGCAGCCCCCUGGCUGUGCUCAGUCUUGGCUCCAAUAAAGAGGAGAUUGAAGACGUUAUUGAUGACAUCAUCAGCCUGGAAUCCAGCUUGAAUGACGAGUGUAUGACGCUGAUUGACUGCGGCCUGCAGCUGCCCAGCACGCUGCCAGUCUCAGGAAACCUCCUGGAUGUGUACAGCAGUGCCGGGAUGGCCAUGCCCACCAUCACUGUCAGCAACUCCUGUCCGGCAAACCUGCACAACGUCAAGAGAGAGCUGACAGAUGCUGAGACUAAAGCUAUUAUUAAGGAACGGCAGAAAAAGGACAACCACAAUCUCAUUGAGAGGCGGAGGAGAUUCAACAUCAAUGACCGCAUUAAGGAGCUGGGAGAACUUGUUCCAAAGUCCAGUGACCCCAGUGAGAUGCGCUGGAACAAGGGAACCAUCCUGAAGGCAUCAGUGGACUACAUCCGUAAACUGCAGAAGGAGCAGCAGAGGUCUAAAGAGAUGGAGCUGAGGCAGAAGAAGCUGGAACACGCCAACCGCACACUGCUUAUUCGCAUACAGGAGUUGGAGAUGCAGGCUCGUGUCCAUGGCGUCCAGGGUUCAGACGCCACCCUCAUGCAGCAGCAGCAGCAGCAGCAGAUCACGUCUCUGGACUCCAGCAACGGGCCCCUUUCUAAAACCAUCCUCACUCUGGGCGGGCCAGGGCUUAACCCAACCACCACCUCUACUUUACUCUCCCCUCCCCCUUCUGCCUCUCCUGUGGCCAGAGCCAUGACCAUCCCUCUUGACUUUGGAACUCUUAGCUUCGGUGAGCUGGACGACCCCGGCUCUUCCAUGUUUAACUCCGCCCUAAUGGGGGACAUGGGCCUGGGGGAUAUUUUGAUGGAUGAUGGAGGUGCACUUUCGCCAGUGGGGGGCGCCGACCCCCUGCUGUCUUCGGUCUCUCCUGGAGCCUCCAAGACCAGCAGUCGCAGAAGCAGUUUUAGCAUGGAGGAGGAUUUGUGACGGACGUGAUUCGCAAAAGUUUGAUCUGCGGGACUGUUUUACCGAAAACUCAGCACUGACAAGCAGCCCAGCUUUUCCAUUCCUGCUUGUAUGCCUCAGAAAGUGGCCAGUAAGGGCCAGUGUAUCACAAGGUCAAUUGUUUUUAAUCAUAGUACUGUAAAAGACCCACACACAGUGUGGCUUGCGAUUCACUGCUGAGAUAAGAGACGCUUCACUCCAUAGUUUACCUCGUUGAAUCAGAGGUACUGGAGUUCAGAAGACUUGGUGAGAGCAAAGUAGCAGGAUGAGCCGAUUUUUUAACAGGACAAAUGAUGCAAGUAGAUGUGUAUAUAUGAUAGAAUUUAAAAUUAGGGCUGACAGUAAGCACCUCUUUUAUGAUUUUGUGUUUAUUGUACUGUUAUAGAAGCAGUGAUAGCCUAUAGUUCUGAGCACACUGACCCAGGUUUUGCCACCAAACACAAAUAUUAUUGAAGCUGAUGGAAAACUGACAAUACUGAAGAUUUCAGCAGACACAAACUGUAACGACCUGGCAAAGCUGUGUUUCUUUUUGUCAUGUUUGGGGUAGAAUUGAUGGCUCAGCGAGGCCAGGGCUCACACAGGCUGGAGUUUGAGGCUCCCGAAUUUGCCUCAUCAGUUUUUUUUAGUGAAACAAAAGAAGACGAAUGUCCAAAAAGCCAGGUGCAUCAUUGUAGAUCAGUUUGUCCCUUCAGAUCAUCGCUCACUAUUUCACAUAGCUCAUAAUGUCAAAGGGAUGGUAGCGCUCUGCCCUUCUGUUGUCUGUUGAUUUGCAGCGUGCAUAUGUUUCUGCUUUUGUAUGAAUUAGUGUAAAUCAUGUUUAUAUAAGGACACAGCGAGCCUGUCAGGACACUCUUUUAAAUGUCCCUCAGGAAAAAUGAACGUUACACAUCCUGCUCAGAUUUGUGUUCAUUUCCUGCUGGGCAUGUUUUUCACCCUCUGUUGAACUAAUGAUGACGAUAAUGGAGUCUUUUAAAGCUGGUUUCUGUUUCUGAGGUUGAAGUGAGAGUGACUGAGCUGCUGCUUUGAUUACUGUCCGCUGUCAGAUGGCUCCCUGGGGGCGGGGGAGACCAAGGCCAUGAAAGCCUGGUGUUUUAUUUGAUGUUUCAUUUGCUGAUAUAAAUGUUCUCUUUUAAAUAUCUCUCCAUAUUGCACAUUGGCUUACAACAACAUGUAUGUUUAGUGAAUAUUUUUUGCUUUACCUUUCAUCAUUCCCAGUGACAGCAUUAAAUUCUCUUUUUUAACAUUUUUAUUAACCAGUUUGGCCCCACUUUAAAUGUGUAAUUGGUCUGGAUUUACACUAGCGUUCAAAAGUUUAAAGCACUUGCCAUGUUAAUUGCUCAUUGUUUAUUCAGUAACUUGAAUACAGCGCUGUAAUCUAGACGCCAGAAGGUAUUUCAAGAUGUUUUUAUUGAGUAGGUUUUGUGCCUGAGAGGGUAUUAGGGAUAUUAAUUUUAGUUCUUAAUUCUUUCCAAUAAUUCAUUUGAAUCUGUGUUGAAGUUAUAGAGCAGUAGCCUCAUAAUAGAUUUUAUACAUCAACAUUUUUAUUAUUGAAAACAGUGACCCCAAACUUCUGAAUUGUGAUGGCACGCUUUUGAACACCAGUGUGAUUGAGGUGUGAUUUUGGUGAUGACUCCAGCAUAACUGCAAGUUCUAAGUGCUGAUAUAGGAACAGCCUUUUUCACCAGACAGUGCGGGACAGCACCAAACUAAAUCCUAUCCAGAACUGUUUGUACCCUCGUCAAGUACCUGUGUUCAUCUCCCAUCACAUAACAGUACUCAUCAAAGUAGGCCGGGUUCUCUGGAGGCUGUGUGGUGUUAACAGGAUUUCCCACAGGACGCCAGUGACAACAGUAAACACGAACAGCAGCAGCAACAGUGGCUGAGCUUCAAGCUCUGAUUUUCUGUUUCAGUUUAAUUUGCUUUUAUGUCACAGACUGUUAAUAUAUAGUUAAUUAUGUCAAAAUCUGUGAUCGUGGGUUUGUGAACCAAAUUUGGACCCGCAUCAUGCUGCACCACACUGGUGGAAAAGCUAUCAGAUCCCCCUGAAUACAAUAUAAAGGAGGGGAGCCAGACAGAUGUGCUUGAGGGCUUGAGUGGUUUUUAAGGCGUCUCAUGCAGCACUUUAAGCAUCCGCUACAACAAAACAAGAGAAUUGCUCCACGCUCUCACUCUAUUGCAUUUUCCUUAAAAAAUGGUUAAAACUUUUCACUAUGUUCUUCUUUAUUAUGGGAUUCUGUCAUUUUUCUACCAAGAAUGGCCUUUUUGUAGUAAUUAAGUUCAUUAUGUUCUAACAAAGAUGAGGAAUGUGUCAGAAUUCCUGAACUUGCCUAGUUAUGCAUUAUUGACUGAGCCCUGCUGGUGACCUCCAGAAUAAAUCCAAAUAAUGGCUGGGUCCAACAUAAAGCAUGGGUAUGAGAUCAUUAAGUCGUGGCCACGACUUAGUAAAGCAUAGGUAUGAGAUCCUAAUGCGUGGCUACGGCUUUCUAAGGCCUGGGAAUGAGAUCAUUAAGUCAUGGCCAUGACUUAGUAAAGCAUGGGAACAACGUCAUGCCUUGCUAAGUCAUAGCCACGCAUUAUUUUUAUUUAUACAGGCUGUCGCCAGUGGGGCUCCGCAAUGAUCUCAAAUCAUUAUGAUUGUUUUGUUGUUGUUGCCGGCCCAGCUACCGCUCUGACCCCACUUUAUGGUUUGAAGGUGUAGAUUCUGACCUCACAGCGAUUCAUUUCAAUUGUGACCUUAGGAAACAGAUUUAUCCAGUUUGAUUUGUUGAUUUUAGUUGAUGUAUAUCAUUUUUAUUGAAACCGAAAAACAAUAACUCUGUUAUUAUUGUAAUUGAUGCAGCUGGAUGGCCACGUUCAGAUUGGUGUAGUGGUUCUUUACAACCCUAUCUCCGUCUCCCAUGAGGCCAGUAUUACUGUCAGUGAUGUCCACUAGGUCUGCAAACCAUCACAAAGCUCCUUUGAAGUGUUUCUGGUCAUUGAUUGUAGCUUUGCUGUUUCCUCGUUUUUUGGGGGGGGUUUCCUGAUUCCCACCUCUCACGGCUACAGAGAAUGAUCAUAUUUCACAGCCUGCUAAGUCAACAGAUUUUAGCUGCAGUCUCCAAACCGCCAGUAUGUCCUGUUUGUCAGCCGAACGGUGCAGUGGAGGAUUGUGGGUUGAGUUAUUUGAUGCAGAGGAAGAACCUGAACAAUGAAUAAUCCAAGCCAAUAGCAGAGGCCGGCGUCUGGGUAGCCUACUCUGUGUUUCUGUUUUGUUGUGUUCGGUGUUCUUUUAUAGUCUCCAAGUCUGUUUUCUGUGUGGCGUCUUUCUCUCAUUAGUCGAACUAUCACUGAUGUUUUUUCAGGAGAGAAAUGCAUUAAUUAUAUUUUGCUGGUUCGAGGUUUUAUCUUAAGUGGAUGUAACAGAAAUACCGUCGAGCGCCACUGAGGUUUAACAGUUGAAUGCUGAAAGUGCUGCUUGUGGAUUGUAUGAGCUUAUAUGUUGGUGUGUGUCUUUGUAUGAUGUACAGUACUGAGCAAAAGUCUGAGAUCACCCUUUAUCUGAUUUUCAGUCGUAACCUUUACAUGUAUAGAAUUUAGCAGACACUCUUAUCCAGAGCGACUUAGAAGAAGUGCUUUGUCUAUCUACAGAAAAUAUCUUUGCUAGUUACAGGUAGUUUAGAGAGAAACCUGGUCCUGAGCUCAGAUACUGCUAGAAACAAAAGCCCAUGUUGAUACAGCGAGAAAAAGGGACAGAAUUACACAGCACAUUGCAACACUUUAUAAUAAAUACUUAGUGGUCACUUAAGUGCUGUAUAAAGACAUGUGUCUUCAGUUUGAAGACCAUGAGAGAUUCUGCUGUUCGGACACUCAGUGGGAGCUUGUUCCACCACCCGGGUGCCUGUACAGAGAAAAGAUAACUUAAUCUUGCGAUCACAAGACAGUUAACUCCAUCUGAAGAUAACAACUUUGUUAUCUUGGGAUCACAAGAUAGUUAACUCGUUAUCUCAAGAUAAGAAUCCAGAAAAUGAAAACUACCUCUUCGGACUUCCCUAGUAUUUAGUGUGUCCGCUCUUCGUUAGAAGUUGGUUGUAAAUUUGGCCUCACGUCUGCAGCAAGAAUGGAGCUCGCUUUUCUCCUGUCUCCCAAACAUGAAAGCUUUAAGUGCUCUUUGUCUGAAGGGGGUGGAUUUGGUGUCCACCAAGUCUUCCAGGUGGUUGUUAGGAGUCACAUUUUCUCUGUAGAUUUCAAUCAUUAUUCUAAGUCUAACCAGUUUGGGUUAACUAACCAGUUUUCUCUUUUUUAUCUGGAACUUUCCUCUUACUUAUGCAAGUCGAUCCGCUUCGAUGUAAUAUAUAUAUAUAUAUAUAUAUAUAUAUAUAUAUAUAAUAAAAAUAUCUUAAACAUUUGGACUGGAAAUGAAGUAAAUGGAGGGUCUCUGACCUUUGCACAGUAAUAUAUGGGCCAGAAUGCCAUGAAAUGCUGUUGUAAGGCAGCAAACACAGCAGUGAUUAUGAUGCCAUGUCCUACAGUGGCAGUAUGUUCCCAUUAGAUCCUGUUCUACUGGCUUCAAUGUGACGUUUAUAUGCUAAAGUAUAUUUUCAGAUAUUUACUCAAAUCUAGUUUUAUUGAAGUAUUGUAUAUUAAUUAUCCCCAAAGUUGAUAGUCUUGGCGCUCUGAUAUGAGCACGUUGUUUUUUUUUAUUAUUUCCUAAUGAAAAUGGUAAAGAUAUAAAAUGCCUUCCUCUGAAAGCCUUGACCGAGAUGUGGUCAAACAAAGGAACCGUUUAGAUGAAGCGAAAAUGAUUUAGUAUGCAUAAUUCAGAAGUCUAUGCAAUGUCAGUCGCUUGUGGCCUGUGAGAUGUCACGUUUCUGCUGGUGUUUUUUGUGGAUUUGUGCACUUUUUUCUGGUGUAAUGUCUGUAGAACGAGGUUUCCUUUAUCCUCGCUAUGCAGAAAUGCAUGCUUCUAGCAGAUUUGUCGCUGUGUCCUGCAGUACAGUGUAUUCUGAGCUGCCUGUCCAUCUGUGUUUGCUCCUAAAGAAGAAAAAAAAACACAGGGAACGCUGUCCUCGUGUUUCCUUUUCACGCUUACAUUUUGGAGACAGUGGCGUUUUUGUAGACAUUUCCCAAAAUCCACCUUUUUAGAAACAGCAAUAAGUUGGCUUUGAUGUAUAUUUUUUUGGUAAUAUUUGAUAUUUCUUGUAAUGAAAAUGUCCCUAUAAAACCUUUUAAAACCUUUCUUAUCUGAUUAACGCUGUAUCGGUGGGAUCAUGUGUACAGUACACUGUCCAGAUUUGUGGCUAUUACAGAUUAGCGGAGGACAGCACAGCGAUGUUUACUUUGGCCUUCUGCGUCUGAAUGAUAAUUUUAUGAUCUCGUGCAGCAGUUUCAUAUGUGAAUUUAAAGCAAAGGGAAUUAUGAUAUGUUGAGUGUCUUUCUGCUCUGAAUUUCUCUAUUUCUCUGUUUUCAUCGCUCCAACCUAAACAAGCAACUUCCAGUUCAGUCGCUCCAUUUAAUGUUUAGUUUCUUUUUUAUUUACUUUUUAUGGAAACAUACAAAUAAAGUUUAAAAAUAAAAUCAAA